CACUGCUAACCGUUGUACGGACAUCAUGGGUACAGUGCUGUCUCUGUCUCCCAGCUACCGCAAGGCCGUGCUGUUUGAGGAUGGCCCGGCCACUGUAGGCCACUACACAGCGGUCCAAAACAGCAAAAACGCUAAGGAUGCUGCUGCAGCUGCCGGAAAAUCCCUCAAACGCCCUUCUAUCAUCAGUGUGUUGCCAUGGAAACGCAUUGUGGCUGUAUCGGCGAAGAGGAAGGGCUCCAAGAAGUUGCAGGCAGACGGCGGGGACGGUGGGAAAGGGAGCCCUCUGGAUGGCCAUGCCACAGCCACGGCCAACUCAGCCUCCAGUAGCCUGAAGCUGAAGAAGUCUCAGUCCUGUGCUAACCUCUCCUCUUACUCCUCAAGCCAGGACCCCUCGGCCACUACCACCACUACCUCCUCCAACCUGCCCGUCUCCAAGACCUUGGCUAACGUAGCUACUGUUGCUGCCAAAAAGAAUUCCAUCACAGGUUCCGGGAUCCAAACGUCUACCGCAACGGGCACACCAAAACGUGUCAUUGUCCAGGCCUCCACCAGCGAACUGAUGCGCAGCCUGGGUGAGUUCCUGUGCCGCCGGUGCUACAGACUGAAGCGUCUAUCCCCGACCGACCCGGUGCUGUGGCUGCGCAGCGUUGACCGCUCCCUCCUGCUGCAGGGCUGGCAGGAUCAGGGCUUCAUCACUCCGGCUAAUGUGGUCUUCCUCUACAUGCUGUGCCGCGAUGUGGUCUCAUCCGAGGUGGCCUCAGAGCGCGAGCUGCAGGCCUCACUGCUCACCUGCCUCUACCUUUCCUACUCCUACAUGGGCAACGAGAUCUCCUACCCGCUGAAGCCCUUCCUGGUCGAGGCGGAGAAGGAAGCCUUCUGGGACCGCUGCCUGGAGAUCAUCAACCGCAUGAGCGGCAAAAUGCUCCAGAUCAACACCGACCCGCACUUCUUUACCCAGGUGUUUGCUGACCUGAAGAACGAGAGCAAGAAAGAAGAGGAGAAGACCAAACUCCUCAUAGGGCUUGACCGAUAAGAGGGAGCUGGGAGGGGGAAGGAAGGAUGGAUGGAUAGAAAGAUAGAAGGAGUUAAUAGGUUGAGAAGGGGUGGACUAAUGUAAUGCAGCGUAGGGAUACCUUGGUGCAGUACUGUUGUCUGGCGUCUCUACAAGCUCAUCAUUUACAAAAUGUCCUGUUUGUAACCACAGUGUUUUAAUCAUCUGAGUUUGGGUAAUGAGCAAAACAAAAUAAAUCUGCAAAUUCUGUUUGGGUCUGGAAAUGAGCCACCUAAACACUAACAGACAGAGGCACUAACUGAUCUGUGUCUCGCCUGAAGGCAGAAAUUGCUCUACACGGCACUUUUACCACAACAAAGCAGAUCAAAUCACGGUUCCUGUGGGGUGUGGCCACGGCAUCAUCAGCCACAUUAUUGGACAUGAUUAGCUCCGAUUACAUUCUCAGGAGUGACAAGCUAUCCAA